AACCGCAGGAAGCAAAUGGAAAUGACGAAGGAAUUAUUGACGGUAACGGAGAUAGAAGGGAGAGGACGGGCGUUAGUGGCGGCUCAGCCACUCAGGGGUGGCGAAAUCGUUCUCAGAGACUCUCCCAUCCUCCUCUACUCCGCUCUUCCUCUCAUCACUCCUUCUCCCCACCCUUACUGCCACCGCUGCUUCAAAACCCUACAAAAACCCCAACCUCAAGCUCAGCCUCAAGUAUGUCCAUGGUGUUCCCACCACGUCUUCUGCGGCCCCAAUUGCCUCUCUGCCGCUCUCUCCUCCUCCCACUCUCCUUGGGCCUGCCAAGCCCUGCGCCGUCUCCGAGACCCUUCUUCGCCUCUCUCCGCCCAGCCGCUCGAUCGCCAGGUCCAGGCCAGUUUCUUGGUCGCCGCCUACAACCUCGCGGUCGUUUCCCCUUCCAAUUUCCAGAUUCUAUUGUCUCUCCAGGGCCAGCCGCACGACUUCGCCGUUGCCGACACCACCGCAGCUGCCCAGUUUCUUCACUCUCUCAUCUCGACACUCUGUGCUCCUCCUCCAUUUCUCCUAGAGAAGCAGAUGUUUUCGGCAGAGCUCUCAGCGGCUCUACUGGCCAAGGACAAGCUCAACGCCUUCGGAUUGAUGGAACCCUUCACGGAAUUGUCGCAGAGGUCGAGCAGGGCCUACGCCAUUUAUCCCAAAGCUUCGUUCUUCAACCACGACUGCCUCCCCAAUGCCUGCCGGUUUGAUUAUAUCGACACAGACAGCGAACACAACACGGACAUGGUGAUCAGGAUGAUACAUGAUGUUCCGGCAGGGAGGGAGAUCUGCCUGAGCUAUUUCCCGGUGAAUCAGAGUUAUUCGAACCGGCAGAGGACUCUGGCGGAGGACUAUGGUUUUGCUUGUCAAUGUGAUCGCUGCAAGGUGGAAGCUAGUUGGUCUGACAAUGAGGAGGGUGAGGAAGAAGCAGAGGGUAUGGAUGAGGACCAAGACCAGGAAAUGGAGGCAUCCUCGGAAUCAGAACCCGAAUCUGGGAUUGACAUUGAAGAAGCCAAAGCCGAAGCCCAAGGGGAAGCCGAUUUCCCACACGCCUAUUUCUUUGUCAGGUUCAUGUGCAACAGAACCAAUUGCUGGGGCACCCUGGCCCCUUUGCCCCCGAAAGACGACGAAAGUCCUUCGAAUGUCAUGGAGUGCAAUGUCUGUGCCAGCCUUAAGAAAGACGAGCAUAGCUACUACUGCUUCCUUUGCUUGCUGGGCUUGUGCUUAAAGAGAUGAAAAUUGGUACGUCAUGUCUUCUCAAUUAAAGAAAGCAAAAGCAUACACUGGUUAUGCCUCUUUGUAAUGGGUAAGCUGGCAUUUUCUGGUUCUUGUUUUCAGGAGUAUCAUGACCUAAUAAUUUCUGUGGGUGGAUUGCUGGGGCGUGUGCCGUGGUCCUUUAAUAUGCAGAAGCAUUUUUUCUUUUCCUUUGUAAGUUAGAGCCAACAGGUGCUUAAUGGGAAUUCUUUACUUUGAUACCUAGUUGGGUUAGGAGAGCUUAAUUUCAUGUUACGUUUGAUUACAAAGGGGGGAUUAGGCAGCUGACUUUUCGUCGAAGCAGCUUUUCUCAAAAGGAUCAGUAGUUUUCAUGUUUAUUAAGUGUAUAGGCUAUAAGCAUUUGCUAGCGGUUUGGAUUGUAUUACCAUGUGGCAUGCGUUACCCUUUAAAUGGGGGCUCCUUUCCUUC